ACUGUUGAGUGGGGCUGACAUUAUAAAUGCUCUGUAGAUAGGAUACAAAAGCCCUUAAAUUCACCAUUUUUGUCUUUGCUUUAUCAAAAACUGGCGAAAUUAUGCAGCCACGUUAUGGCGCAAAUCUCCACCGGAACCAACCCUCCAAAUUGACCCUACUUUGUUCAAAAAGAUCUUUCAUAGAUACAGAGCACUACUCUCAUUCCAUUAGCAGACAUAAAAGUUGGAGGAAGAAGAAGAAGAAGAGGGAGGAGAGAUGCACGCUUUGUGGAUGUCCUUGAAGGAGAAUGCCAACUGUGGGAGCAAGCUAACCAAUGCGGUUGCCCAGCCAGAAAAAUGCCAUGGGAAGAGGAGCAGCAGUCCUGAAAAGGAACACUUGGACAGAAAGCUCAUUCAUCAUACCAGAAAAUCAUUUGGGGAUGUGAUUAUCAAGGGAUACCACAUACGAACAAGGUACUUUGAGCUCAAAAUGGGAGACCCAGCAAGAAAUAUCACUGAGAUGAUCUUCCAUAGAGCAUCAGCAAGCCCAUCAAAGCCGUCAAGGAAGAUCCGAAGGGUCUUUAGGGUGAAGAACUCAAUUGAAAUUCUUGAAAGGUUUGAGAAAUAUAGAGAGAAGGUAAAGGAGACUGCCUAUAAGCAACAAAAGACACAUCCAAGAAGCACUGUAGAUGGAAACGAGCUUUUGCGAUUCUAUGGCACGACAAUGUCCUGUUACAGUGAAAAAUCAAUCCGAGUUUCAGAGCUGUGUAAAGAUCCCACUUGCAGAGUCUGCAGAAUGAUUCAAUGUAAUUUUGACACAGAGUACACCAGGAAGAACGGGAUUCGAUUAAGUACAAAUAGUGAGGAGCUGAGUGAAAACAUGAUUAACUUGUCAAAGUUGAAAAUGGAAAGGGCAGCAAUAGUAUGCAGGAUAAUUGCUGGAACAGUUGUUAAUAAGGUUAAUAAUCGGGUAAAAGAAGAGUGUGAAUCGAUAGAGAGUGAAACACAGUAUGCCAAGUCAGAAUCUUUGAUUGUAAGAAAUCCCAGUGCUGUACUUCCGUGCUUUGUCAUAGUUUUCACCUGAGAUUUUCUGAUAUCUGUAAACUUGUUCUUUUUGCAGUUAAAUCAAAAUUGGGGCCGGGAAACCAUUUUUGCGUA